AUGAACAGUUCUAACCGUAAUACCACGAACCAUAUGGACCUCGCAUCUCUCCUAGAAAGACCUGCAUCUCUCCUGCAACAAUUGAAAGUUCUGUAAAUGGACCUCUCAUUUCCUUCUUUACCGUCCCUUCCUAUCUCGACAAAAGCCAUAAACAGAAAGAACUCUGUGCUACCAACGGGUAAUUGGUCGUCAAAACAAGCAACACAGAGUCGAUCAUUCCGGCCCGCAAGCGUAGCAACCGAUGCGGCAGUGGAAUUUGAGCUGGAAAACAAAAAGCACAACCUGCUGAGAGCCAUACAGGAUACGCAACGUGGACUUGUCAAUACCGCUGAUCAACGCUCUUCCAUUGAGGAGGCCCUGGUGAGCGUGGAGGGCUACGACGCUGGUUCGGAAAUCGACCUGGUGAAGUUAGACGGAGCGUGGCGAUUGCAGUACACUUCCGCUCCUGAUGUCCUCAUCCUUCUAGAGUCCGCUGCAAAGCUUCCCUUCUUUCAGGUUGGGCAAAUCUUCCAAAAAUUUGAAUGUCACAAGCAGUCUGAUGGAGGCAUUGUCCGCAAUGUUGUGCGUUGGAGCAUUUCAAGUUUAUUAGAGGAGCAAGAAGGUGCAACCCUAAUUGUUUCUGCAAAAUUUUCAGUUGUUUCCAAGCGUAACAUUUACCUUCAAUUUGAAGAGGUAGCUGUUCAAAAUAUUAAUAUCAGUGAAGGGCUGCAAGGUCUGAUAGCUCCAGCAAUACUGCCACGGACAUUCUUAAGUCUGCAGAUAUUGCAGUUCAUCCGGGCUUUUAAAGCCCAAGUUCCUGUGACAAGCCAAGAAAGGCAGUCAGUUGGGGGACUAUAUUAUCUUUCAUAUUUGGAUCAUGAAAUGCUAGUGGGUCGUGCUGUUGGAGGGGGAGGCGUAUUUGUGUUCACCAGAGCUCAACUGCUUAUGUGAUAUGCUUCUUAAUUUCUUGAGGCAGUAUGUAGUUGAAAGUUGAAACAAUGAACUGUGUGAAAUCCAAAAAUCAAAGAGAAUGCUAGCCGACCCAAUCAAAUUUCUAAUUUGGCAUGGUAUGGAUUGACAUGUAAAACAUGUUAAUUAUAUCUUCCAUGGUUUUAGAUGGCUUAUAAAACCCUAUUAUAAUUA